CGUCGAGCUUAAUUUCGAGGAAAGAUUCGCCGUUCCAACCACCGAGCCGGUUCUUUCACCCAAUAUUUCGUGAUGGAGAUCUACCACGUACCGGCUAGCUUUCCUCUUCCGGUGCGUCAUUUUCAAAGAAAUUCGCCGUCAACGUCUUUGUCCUGCUCAGCCGCAGUUGUCAGUUCAAGUUCCCAGUCCGAUAAGAUUGAAUCGGAAUGUCGGAACCGGAUGUUUAUUCUUGGUAUGGGAUUUGUCGGGCAAUUCUUUGCCCAGAGCCUCAAAAAGGAAGGCUGGGCUGUCACUGGGACUUGCACAAGCAUAAUGAAGAAGAAGGAACUUGAAAAGAGAGGAUUUGAUGUUUGCCUUUUCGAUGCAAAUGAACCAGACAGAUUGAGCAUUCUAAGUACUUUGAAAUCUUAUACCCACCUCCUUGUAUCCAUACCUUCUAUUGUGGGCAUUGGUGAUCCGGUGCUUCGGCAUGGAGACCUUCUCAGAAGUACACUGAUGGAUGGAAAUCUUCAAUGGCUUAGUUAUCUGUCAUCUACUAGUGUAUAUGGUAACUGUGCUGGUGCUUGGGUGGAUGAGGAUUACCCAGCAAGCCCUGUAAGUGAGGUGGCUAAAUCAAGGUUAGCAGCUGAGGAAGGAUGGUUAAAUCUGGGCAGCAGUCUUGGGCUUUCAAUGCAAGUAUUUCGACUUGGAGGUAUCUAUGGCCGUGGUAGAAGUGCUGUUGACACAAUAAUUAAGCAGGAGCCUUUGUCAAAAUUUCAGAAAAUGAGAGUAUCCAGGCAAUACACAUCCAGAGUUCAUGUUGAGGACAUUUGCCAAGCACUCAAGGCUAGCAUCUAUAUGCCCUCCAUCAGUAGAAUUUACAAUAUUGUGGACGAUGACCCAGCUCCCCGUGAGGAGGUGUUUGCAUAUGCAGAGGAGUUGAUUGAGAAGAAGUGGCCUACCUGGGUUAGGCGAAGUACAUCUUCUGAAAGAGCUAUAUCAUGUGACAAGAAGGGUAGUUCCACAGGAGAGAAACGUGUUUGCAAUGAGCGUAUGAAAACAGAACUAGGAGUCACGCUUCUUCAUCCAAGUUAUAGAUCAGGAUUGCUGAGCAUUAUAGAUCAGAUGGAAAAUCCAUUUCAAUCCAGUCCAUUCCAAUCGUGAGCAGUUCUUUUGUCAAUAGAAUUUUUUUUCCCCCAAAACAAAUGUGAAUAAUUUAGAAUCCAGCAUAUCAUUCAAUCAUGGCGGACAAGUUUGUAUUGGCUUCUGGUGUUGUAGAAACAAGUAUAGGUUGGUGAGACGUGAGACAAAAAAUGUAUCUUGUAUUGCAUUUUGAAAAAUAUUGGAGCAACUUUUUCCCAAUACUGAGGGAAAUUGCCUCUCUCCCGCAGGUAUAAGAUUUAUGCUUUUAAACCA